AUGACGACGUUCCCGGCGGACAAGUAUGCCUACGGCGGUCAUCCGUUCCCUUUCUCCGGCAUCUUCACCAUCCGGCCGAGAGACGCCGACGACCUGGGCGAGCAAUUCAAGUUCAAACAAUCCAUCCACUUGGGCUACACGGACUUCACUCGGGAAGACUUGGACCGGAUCAUCGAGGAAAUGGGGAAGGACUUCAGGGGCGAGCGGUAUCAUCUAAUCAACAAGAACUGCAAUCAUUUCACCUCUAACCUGGCCCAGCUGCUGGUGGGCCGCGAGAUCCCCUCCUGGGUGAACCGGCUGGCCUCGGUCAGCGCCAUGGUGCCCUUCCUGGAGCGCUGCCUGCCCAAGGAGUGGCUGACGCCGGUGGCGCUGCAGCACUCGCUGGAGGAGCAGGUGACGGGCGACGCCGCCCCCGGCAACGCACCGCUCUAA